AAUUGACCUUGAAUAAGGGGUCAUAUGAUCCCGUGUUUGUUUCGUUCUUUCUUCAUUCUACAACAACCCAUUCCUUCCCCCACGCGCCAUUCUCCGGCCACCGUUGGUGACGGAGCGCCGUUCAUAGUAUAAUAUUCUCUGAAAGGUGGGUGCUUGUGAGGUUUCGGCGACCAUCCAUGGAUAAAGUCUUCAACAGGCUCCGCAAUUUGGACGCUUACCCAAAAGUCAAUGAAGAUUUUUACAGCCGCACGCUCGCCGGCGGCGUCGUCACCGUCGUUUCCGCGGCUGUCAUGCUCUUCCUCUUCUUUUCCGAGCUAAAUUUAUAUCUCUAUACAGUUACAGAGAGUACGCUUUUGGUGGAUACUUCAAGAGGAGAUACCUUGCACAUCAAUUUUGAUGUCACUUUUCCUGCUGUUCGAUGUUCAAUACUCAGUUUAGAUGCAAUGGAUAUUAGUGGGGAGCAGCACCUUGACAUACGACAUAAUAUAGUGAAGAAAAGAAUUGAUGCUAAUGGUAAUGUGGUAGAAGAGAGGAAGGAUGGAAUUGGUGCACCAAAGAUUGAGAGACCCUUACAAAAACAUGGUGGCAGACUUGGACAUGAUGAGAAGUAUUGUGGUUCAUGUUUUGGUGCGGAAGAGUCAGAUGAACACUGUUGUAAUUCUUGUGAAGAAGUUCGUGAAGCAUAUAGGAAAAAGGGGUGGGCUCUGACAAAUAUGGAUUUGAUUGAUCAGUGUCAAAGAGAAGGUUACGUGCAAAGGGUAAAGGAUGAAGAAGGUGAAGGAUGCAAUAUUCAAGGAUCUCUUGAAGUUAAUAAAGUGGCAGGAAAUUUUCAUUUUGCAACCGGGAAAAGCUUUCUUCAGUCUGCUAUAUUUCUUGCUGAUCUUCUUGCUUUACAGGAUAAUCAUUAUAAUAUAAGCCAUCGGAUCAACAAAUUAAGUUUUGGUCACCAUUUCCCUGGAUUGGUAAAUCCUCUUGAUGGGGUAAAGUGGGUGCAAGGACCAACUCAUGGCAUGUACCAGUAUUUUAUAAAGGUGGUCCCUACAAUAUACACAGACAUUAGAGGUCGUGUUAUCCAUUCAAAUCAGUAUUCCGUGACUGAGCAUUUCAAGAGUUCAGAGCUGGGUGUUGCAGUUCCUGGAGUUUUCUUCUUUUACGACAUAUCUCCAAUCAAGGUCAACUUUAAAGAGGAACAUAUUCCAUUCUUACAUUUCCUAACUAAUAUUUGUGCAAUUAUUGGAGGUGUAUUUACCGUUGCAGGGAUCAUAGAUUCAUCAAUAUAUUAUGGUCAGAGAACAAUCAAGAAGAAGAUGGAGCUUGGAAAAUAUAGAUGAUUUGGUCACAUUCUGCAUGAAGAGUCUUCUUUUGCUGUGUACUUGGUUGGGUGGUGCAUUGAGUAUAGUUUAUAACAUGGUAUAUCAUGUGCACAUGAUGCCAAGGGUUAAGCAGAGCCGUAGAUUUAGUUGAUGCAUGAAGUGUAUUUUUGGAUCAUGAUUUUUCAUUCGGGUGUAGCAAUUUAAUUUCAGUUGCUACUUUGGUGGCUUUUUAAUAGUGAAGGAUGAAGAUGAGGAAUGCAGAGUUUAUUGGGAACUUCAUGAUAUUUUUGCUGCAUAGUGCAUGAAAUGGGUGAUUAUGCAUAACAUACGGUUCUUGUAUUGCUAUCACAGCUACAUUGUAAUCUUUGCCAAUAUUUUCAUUGAACUGAAGAAUUUGAAUC